AUGUUCCUUCUUCUUAUAUUACUAACAUACCUUUCUCAUGCAACCCAAAUGGUAAGUUGGUAUGAUUAUUUUACUGGUAAAUUUGUUAUUAGUGAAUUAAGUCAGACUCAUUUUAAUUGUAAAACAACUUAUUAUGAUCUUCGUAGUAAUCAAAAUGAAUAUAGAAGUUAUUCAGGUUGUGAGUCUUGUAAUGAUAAUGAAUUAUUAAUAAUGAAUGUUUUUCAAAAAGAUAAUAGGUUAUACGGUAUUAAUUCUUUUUGUUCGUCUUCAUGGUGUUCAAUAAUUCCUGAAUGUGGGAUUUAUGAUUACCAUACUUGUGAAUGUAUUGCUUGUCAACUAAAUUACUUUCUACCAAUAGAAAAUCCACAUCAGUGUCUUCAUUUGUCUAAAUUCAGUGGAUGUACUUCUGCAGAUGGUGUUUUUUGCAAUACUUGUAAAGAUCCUAAACAUGUACCUAAUCAAUUAACACAUACAUGUCAAAUACCUGAUUCAUCAUGCAGUGCUAUUGAAUACUCUUAUUGUUCAAGUUGUACUGAUGGAUAUGAAUUUAACUUAACAUCAGGACAAUGUGAAAGUUAUCUUGAAACAGUAUGUAAGGAACAUUGUAUAUCAUGUACUGGAACUCCAUAUUCUUGUCAUUGUGAAAAUGGAUAUACAAGUCAAAAUGAUCCAACAACAGGAAAUGUAAAAUGUCUUGACUUAAAAGGAUAUGACUAUGAAUGUCAAAAUGAUCAAUGUACAAGUUGUAGUGCUAAUCAUCAAUUAUGUUGGACUGGAUUUACAAAAACACCAAAUAGAAUGUGUGUACCUUUUAAAUAUAACUAUCAUUGUAAAAUAUUUAAUUCCGGAAGUUGUUAUCAAUGUGAAGAUAAUUAUUAUAUUAUCAAUUUUAAUAAUAAUGCACAAUGUCUUUCAAUUAUUCAACACCCAAUUCCUCAUUGUAAGAUAUAUAUUUUACAACGUUCAAAUUAUCAAGGAUGUUCAAUAUGUGAAGAUGGAUAUUAUUCUUUUAUUGAUACUAACUUAGGUUUAAUAAUAUGUGAACAAGUUGAUGAUUUCAAACCUGAACUUUCAUUUUCAUCAUUUUGUAUGGAGUAUUAUCUCAUUAACUCUGAUACACAUCAAUAUGAAUGUAAAACGUGUGGAAUAGGUUAUUAUCCUCAAAGAAUGUUUUGUUCACGUUGUGAAUAUCAUUGUAUUCAAUGUAUUUCAGAAAGUCAAUGUCUUCAAUGUGAAAUAGGAUAUUUUGUUAAUAAUGGAAAGUGUGAAAAAAUGGAAUUUGAAAAUAUUGAAUCAUUUUGUUUAUCUAUAGAUGAAAUAUAUGGUUGUUUAGAAUGUAGUAAUUCUAAUUCAUAUGGGAAUUGUGAUAAUUGUCCAUUAAAUUGUGAUAAAUGUUCAAUUGAUUCAAAUGGGAUAAAAAAUUGUUCAUUAUGUUCAUCAAAUUAUGAAUUAUAUAAUGGAGAAUGUGUUAGUAGUUCAUUACUUCAUUGUAAAUCAUAUGAUUUUAUUCAACAUAUAUGUAGAAAAUGUGAUGAUGGAUAUUAUAAUUAUAAUGGAGAAUGUACAAUUUGUCCAGAAGGAUGUGAAUUUUGUUAUUUAAAUGAAAAACAACAAGUUAGUUGUAAUAAAUGUUCAAAAGGAUAUUAUAAAAAAAUAAACAAUGAUAAUAUUUUAUGUAACUUAACAAUAAACAAUUGUAAAAUAUAUCAAGAAGAUUAUUGUAUUGAAUGUGAAAAUGGAUAUUAUUUAGAUAAUAUAAAUGAAUGUAUUUUAGCACCUUCACAUUGUUUGAAAUAUGAUAUUGAUAAUAAUAAAUGUAUUGUGUGUGAUUCAAAUACAAACAAUAUUAAUGGAAUUUGCUUAGAAUAUGAACAAUGUGAAAUAAAUAAUACUCUUGGUACAACAAAUGAAUAUUUUAAAAUAAAUGACAAUUGUAAAUAUUUUGAUCGAAGUUCUAAUAAAUGUAAUGAUUGUAUAAAAAAUUAUCAUGUUGGAGCAAAUGGUGAUUGUAUUCAAAACAAUAUAGAAGAAUUAAAAAUGGAUUUAAAUGAACAUUGUUUAUCAUAUACUUCGAGUGGAUGUUCUCGUUGUAUUGAUUCUUAUUACUUUAAUUAUCAAACAAAACAAUGUGAAGUAUGUCAUAAUUCAUGUAAACAUUGUUCUGGUCCUUCAUCUACUGAAUGUACAACAUGUGAUUCUUCACAUUUCUUUUUAAAUGGAAGUUGUGAAAAUAAUGAAGAAUUAAAGAAUAAAUGUAAUAUAAUUAUUGGUGUUGAAAAUAGUAAGAUAUGUUUGUCAUGUAAAGAAGGAUUUGUAAAACAAGGAUUUGAAUGCAAUGAAUGUCCUAAAAAUUGUUCUUCAUGUUAUGAUCAAGAACAUUGUUUUGAAUGUAAAGAAUCUUUUUAUUUAAAGAAUUCAUUAUGUUAUUCAUAUAAUCAAUUAACUCAUUGUACUGAGAAGACAAAGAAUGGGUGCAGUGUUUGUGAAAAUGGGUAUUAUCUAAAUGAUAAUAAUGAAUGUGAAAAGUGUAAUAGUCAUUGUAUUGAAUGUACAUUAACACAUUGUAAACAAUGUGAAAAUGAAUAUGUAUUACAAAAUGGAAUAAAUUGCGUUUAUUAUCAAUCAAUUGACCAUUGUAUCAAAUCAAUAGAUUCGAAAUGCUCAAAAUGUAAAGGAAUGAAUAAACCAGAUUCAAAAGGAGAGACGUGUGUGAGUUCUUUAAAUUAUGGAUUAAUUAUUGGAGUACCAUUAAUAUGUGUAUUAAUAAUUAUUAUUCUCUCUGCCUUAUUAGUUUAUUAUUUUAUAAACCUUCACUUUAUUCAUUAUUUUAAUAAGAAACAAGGUGUUAUUCCACAACCAAUAUCAAUGUUUUCUGUUGAAUUUUAUGAUAAUGAAUAUCAUAAAGAUAUUCGUUAUAAUUAUACUACAAUUACAAGUGAUAAUGAAUUAGAGGUUGGUAAUACAAGUUCAAUUGAUAUAGUUGUUGGUAAUUUUAAUAGAUAUAAAACUUAUGAAGUUCAUCUUGCUACUCCAAUUGAUGAUAUAAAAUGUUCUUUUAGUCAUAAGCCUGAAUGUGCUGAUAUUCCACCAAAGAAAGCAGUUGUAUUUACAAUAUUCAUAAAGCCAUUAAUAUGUUGUUGUAUUACACAUACACUUGGAAUUAUUAUUAAAAGAAAACGCUCAGAUAUAGUAAUUCCAGUUAAACUUCAUUUAUUUACUCAAUUAGAUUGUUCAUUAGAUCCAGAUGAAAUUAUUGAACAAAAACAAAUUGGAGAAGGUACAUUUGGUUCAGUAUUUAAAGGGAUGUUUAGAGGUCAUACAGUAGCAAUUAAAAGACUAAAAAUUUCAACAACAGACGAAAGUAUUUCAGAAUUUAAUAAAGAAGUUGAAUUAUUAGAUAAAUUUAGAUGUCCACAAAUAGUAUAUUUCUAUGGAGCAGUUUUUAAUCCAAAAAGACUAACCAUUGUAAUGGAAUUUGCACCAUAUAAAAGUUUAAAAAGUAUGAUAAAUAAUGAACCAAGUGAAAAAAUUUCAUUUAAAUUAAGAGCAAAGAUUCUUUGUGAUUGUGCAAAAGGAUUAAUGUAUCUUCAUAACAAUCAUAUCAUUCAUAGAGAUGUAAAAAGUGAUAAUAUUUUAUUAUUUGAUUUAAAUCUUGAAGCUCCUGUUAGAGCCAAGUUAACUGAUUUUGGAUCAUCAAGAAGUAUUACAUUAGCACAAAGUAAUAUGACAUUUACAAAAGGAAUUGGAACACCUAUUUAUAUGGCACCAGACCUUUUAAACAAUAAAAGAUAUGAUGAAAAAAUUGAUGUAUUUUCAUUUGCUGUUGUAAUGUAUGAAAGUUAUAUUUGGGGAGAUGUUUAUCCUGAAAAAGAAUUUCCAUAUAUUUGGAAUAUUGCAUCAUUUAUUGCAGAUGGAAAAAGAAGACCAAAGAUAGUAACAAUGGAAGAAUGGUUUUGGGAAUUAAUUAAUUUAGGAUGGAACCAAAAUCCUAAAGAAAGAAUAACGAUGGAACAAAUAGUAUUAGAAUUUGAAAAACAUGGAUAUUAA